UAAGUAUUAAAACAAUAAAAGACCUGAAAUAUUUCAGUUGGUGUGCAAUGAAUCUAAAAUAUAUGAAAGUUUAAUUUUUAUCAUUACAUUAUGGAAAAUAAUAAACUUUAUCACAAUAUGCUAAUUUUUUGAGAAGGACCAAUGCAUGCAAGACAAGCCUGUUCAUGUGAAGUGAGUGGGUGGUGCUCAGAUAUUAUUGGUAGAUAAAUCACACACAACACUAGCUAUAUUGCAGUUUAUCACUGUCCUGUGAGUCCUCUCAUAAAGGCUAGGUGUUCACACACUUUAAGUGCUGUCAUCUGAAAAUGGUUUACAUGUUUGUUUUGUUCUGCUUGUGGCGCCUGGUUGAUGUAUUUGGUGAUAUGGUUACAGUCACAGAGUCAGUGUCAGUGACGGAGGGAGAUUCAGUCACUCUAGACUCUGGUUUUACUGAAAUAAUGGAUGAAGAUCUGAUUCUGUGGAGGUUUGGAUCUGAAAACACUGUGAUAGUUAAAAUCAAUGUAAUAGCCAACAGCAUCUCUGUAUAUGAUGAAGUUCUUCAUGGGAGAUUCAGAGACAGACUGAAGCUGAACAAAAAAACUGGAUCUCUGAUCAUCACAAACACCAGAACUGAACACACUGGACUCUAUCAACUACAGAGCAACAGUGUGAUCAAGAGUUUCAGUCUCACUGUACACGCUCGUCUGUCUGUUCCUGUCAUCAGCAGUAACUCUUCACAAUGUUCAUCAUCAUCAUCAUCUUCAUCACAGCAGAAUUGUUCAUUGUUGUGUUCAGUGGUGAAUGUGAGUCAUGUGACUCUCUCCUGGUACAAAGGAAACAGUUUAUUGUCCAGCAUCAGUGUGUCUGAUCUCAGCAUCAGUCUCUCUCUACCUCUGGAGGUGGAAUAUCAGGAGAAAAACAGCUACAGCUGUGUGAUCAACAAUCCCAUCACAAACCAGACCACACAUCUGGACAUCACUCAACACUGUAGCAACCAGACUCAACAUCUGGACAUCAGUCAACUGUGUCACACAUGUUCAGAAGUCCACAUCCAUUGUUGUGAUACAGUUGAAGCUGUGAUCCGAUUGGUUAUCUCUGCUCUGAUGGGCGUGGCUACUGCAGCUGCUGUGGUUGUUUUGGUCAAUGACGUCAGAUCUGCUAGAGGAUAAAAGAAAACAGAACAAAUAUCAGAAAUAUUCUGACAUAUUGUAGUUUUAAUUGUAAAGUUGAAACUAUGUGUGGUCUAAAAGUGUUUAGUGAUGGUGAAACAAAGCUUUUCUUACAAACGUUUUCUACUGAAUUCGAUCAGAAAGGGUUCAUUACCUGAAUCUGGUGUUUUAGGAGACAUCUGGUGGCCAAAGCGAUGAACAUUCUUUUAACUUUCUUCUUUAAUACUAUGCAAGUGUGCAUUGUACAUUUAUUUGUUAUUUAUAGUUUUCAUUAUUUUUUUUUUAUUUUUUUAAAUCAAUUUAUGUAAUGUUGCUAUUUUCAUUUUGUUUUAUAAUUGUUUGCAGCAACCAUGAAAAUAAAAAUGUA